UCAUGCCUUCGCCCCUGUCCCGUGCAGGCUGGCUGUGCCGCACCAGGUUCGUCACUAACUGGAGUCUCACGCAGGCUGACGUUAACCCUCACGGAAUCGCAUUCUCCAACACGGUCAGUUUUCACCCUACGUACCGUCCGACCUGCACCUGAAACGCAACGCUUCUCCAAGCGUACGAUAGACAAGCACCCAGCGGGACAUCUCAUUCCGAGUCCGCCGACCGGCACCUGGCUGGGGGCGAAAGACGCGCGUAGCACUAACUGCACACACCAAGUGAGGACCAUGGAGAGUGCAGUCAACGGCUCGGACGCGGUUUACCGGAGUCAGCUCCCCGUUCUUUACAACAGCAGCAGCUUCUGCGAGAACUUCGCCCACAGCAACAACACCACGAGCUUCACGGAGGCGCCAUGCAACGAGGACCGUGGAGCGACCGGCAGCCUGGAUGACGACGCCAACCCGGUGAUCAUAGCGAUUGUGAUCACCACUCUCUAUUCCAUAGUGUGCGUGGUGGGGUUGGUUGGAAACGUGCUGGUCAUGUACAUCAUCGUCAGAUACACUAAAAUGAAGACUGCCACAAAUAUCUACAUCUUCAACCUGGCACUGGCUGAUGCCUUGGUCACCAGCACGCUGCCGUUCCAGAGUGUCAACUACCUGAUGGGAACCUGGCCGUUUGGGGCCAUGUUGUGCAAGACAGUGAUCUCCAUCGACUACUACAACAUGUUCACCUCUAUCUUCACACUCACCACCAUGAGCAUCGACCGAUAUAUUGCUGUGUGCCACCCAGUCAAAGCACUGGACUUCAGGACACCGCGCAAUGCAAAGAUUGUCAAUGUGUGCAACUGGAUUCUCUCCUCAGUCAUCGGGUUGCCUGUCAUGUUCAUGGCCUCCACCACUCCCACUUCCUCCAGCAUUGUUGACUGCACACUGGUUUUCCCUCACCCUUCAUGGUACUGGGACACCCUGCUGAAGAUCUGUGUGUUCAUCUUUGCCUUCAUCAUGCCCGUUCUCAUCAUCACUGUCUGCUAUGGCCUCAUGAUCCUGCGACUCAAGAGUGUGCGCAUGUUGUCAGGCUCCCAGGAGAAGGACAGGAACCUGCGUCGGAUCACCCGCAUGGUCUUGGUGGUGGUUGCCGUCUUCAUCAUCUGCUGGACACCCAUCCACAUUUUUGUCAUCAUCACAGCUCUGAUCAACAUUCGUAGCUCUACGCUGCAGACUAUUACCUGGCAUUUCUGCAUCGCCCUGGGCUACGCCAACAGUAGUCUGAACCCAGUUCUUUAUGGUUACCUGGACGAGAACUUCAAACGUUGUUUCCGUGAGUUCUGUACCCCGAGUCCGUCUGUGCUGGAGAUGCAGAACUCGUCCCAGGCCAUAGCAACUAGCCGCAAGCUCCAACAGCGUGAACGCAACACUGCAAACACCAGAGAAAGGUCCAAUCAACAGGUAUGACUAGCCUUGGAGAGGUCGUCUGUGGACUCUCGCUGUUGUGGCGGUGUUGCCAACGACGAUCUCAUCUCAGAGGUUACGCAGGUCACCACGGGGCUCUGACCACACCCACCCACACACAUAAAAACCACACAAACAAGCCAGGUUGUGGCUGAGGCCCAUGGCUGAUGAUGUGCUGCAGGCCUAGCUGCAGCGCUGCAUCAAGUUAGGCCACCUGUCAAAGCUGUCAAAGCCUAACUAAAACUAACUGUAGGGCUGUGCGAGGCUUAUACACUUACUGAAAUGGAGGCGAAUAUGGUUCAACAGAAAGCAAAGCAUCAUCACAACACCUUGGCUAACAAUACCAUGUUGCACUAAAUUGUGCAUUAAUGUUAUUACAGCUUUACAAAAUUUUGAUGUAGUUUUUAUGAUCAAUUAUGAUCAUUAUUAUUAUGGCAGUUCAUUUGUUACACCUAGCUGAAACUAAUGUAGUCUUACAAUAAACCUUCCCUUCAUGAAGUUGACUAUGUUAAGUUUUUGUUGAAAGUCUUUUAGAGGGGUGUUGGUUCAGUUGUAUAAUCAUUUUUGAAGAUGUAGUUUGUGGUGUAUUCUAGUGAUAGGUAUAUAUAAAAGUCAUUUUCAUAGGCCACUACUAUGACAUUGUGCUGUUCUGUCUGCUCUGUAGAGCUGCCACACUGAUCUAAGUCUCCUGUUCCAACCUUCAUCCUCAUCUCAACACAAAUUCUCUGAAAACAGAAAACUGCACUGUAUUGUUUACUUAUUUCAUAUGACUUCAUGUCAAUCUGUCACUUUUCCUCCUCUUUUUUUUAAUUGCUUGCAUGUGUAAGAGGACAAUGAGUUGAUUUCUGAAGGUUACUCCACUGUUUAAGAUCAAAUUUUUGAUUUGAGUCACUGGAAGCUCAGUGGCUCUGUGGCUGUCUCACCAGAUAAAGGGAUUACUGGACAGGAUAUGUUACUCAAAGCCACUUACAGCUCAAGCUAUGCUUUUCAUUCCGGUUCCGUAUGGAUUCAUCCGGGAUCGACCCUGUCAUGCUGUACAUCUCAACACCACUGUUCACUGAUCGAUCUUUGGCCACUUGAAGAAGAUUGACCGUACUGAUGUACAACUGUGCUCUCUCCUCUUAUCCUGCCUAAUCUUUUAUCACUACUGCCGCCUCUGUCUUCAUCUGGUCCCUUCCUUUCCUUCUAUUUCAUCUCUGUUUUCUUUUGCUGGACUUAAGCAGACAUACAGUAGAGCACUGAAUGCUCCCUCUGCUGAAUUUGAUAGUGUUCUGAAGAAACCCAGCUGUGUUUAUCACACUGUGUCCUUGUGCUGAACUGUGGAUCCUAUAAACCAGCAAAGAAGAUGCAUCAGCCUGUUUGCACAGUGCACAGAAUGUGGUAUGGCCAGUGUAUGAUUAACUACAGCUUAACAGCCAUUACAUUAACAGCAGGUUUAAAUGGAAUCAUAUCUCCUCUGAAGUAUUUUACACGUGAGACAAGCAGGAUUGUACAUCUGUUGUAAUGUGUAGAAUUGCUUGUGCUUACAUGUUGUGCUGUGUGCUAUAUUUGCCAUUUGCCUUUAUUGCAGCUUUGCUUGAUAUUCAGUGUACCAGUAUUUUUUCUAAAGAGCUGCAAAAGUGAACACGAUUAUAUUAAUCUCAUGUAAAACACUGCAAGUAUUCUAUUGUUUUUUACACAGCAGAAAUUGCGAAAAAGUUGAUUUUUGAUGAUGGUGGAGCAGCAAGUCAUUGUGCUUUUAAUAUAACUUCUGCCAUGCUGAUUAUGCCUUGCUAAAUGAAGCAGAUGUAUAUAAAUAAUAAAAUAAUGUGUGUAAAAUUAUAAAUUGUGAAUAUGAAACUGUAUACAGAGUUGAACCCUUACAGACUGUUUCAGUUUUUUUUUUUUUUACUGAAACGACUGGUGAUGUCACAUUAUACCAUUUGUGGUGUCACUGCUUUCAGUCAGUUGUGUAAGAAUAAAACAGAUUGUUAAUCUUUUUGGUC